AGCUUCAGAAACAGUACUGUGUCAAAAGCAGUCUAGAAAGAGUUGUUGUCUCUCUAGAAAAAGUUGUGCAGCAGAGAUGGAGGGAAUGCAGAAUGGACCUGAUCAGAGGAUAAAACCUCCACUUUUGCCAAAACCAAGUCGCUUUAAGAGUGGGAAAACUGAACCCUGUCGAUUCAGCAGCCCCAAAGCUGCCAGACUCCAGAUAUACCCCAGUCCUCCAGCAGAGAGCUCACCCACCAAUGCCUCAGUUACCUGCAGCCUGGAUUCCACUGCUCCAUGUCUUGCUGACAAUCCUGCAACAACUGCAGCUCCCACCACAAACUCAGCUCACAAGUUCACCACGACUACCAUCACCACAACAGCAGGCACAACCAUCAAUGUCCCAUCAUGCUACAGUGAAGUCACCCUAGUCUCCUCGAGUCCAGUGCCUGACAGUCCAGUGAGCACAGGUGCUGGCAACGAACGAAGAAUCUCAUGCUCUACAACCUCCUCCGAGCCUACUCCCUCUCCCUCAGGCUCUCUGAGACCUACAUCCAGGACCAGUAUCCGUCAGCACAUGCCACCUCACCCUCUGCUUGAGGAAGAAGAUUUCAACCACCGAGUAAUAAACUCUGUCUACCCAUCUCCUGUCCACACAGUAGACUCCAAGACCAUCUGUCUGUCUCCUCCUUCAGUCAGAGACAUUGGCAGUGAGAGCCUCAGCCUGCACAAGCUGGUGGAGAAGCAUUCCCAAUCCUUCCCUCUACAGAUCAAAGUAGUGCAUGGCUGCAAUGGCCAGACCCCCCAGCUGUCUCUGGCCAGUGGAGACUACUACAACAUACACUUUGUGAAGCAUCAAGAGGUGGUUUCCAUGACGGACAAGCUGGGGUUGCAGUACACCAUCCCACUCAACUCCUCAUUUCAGUUUGGCCUGGUCUACUCUGAUGAUCCCAACACUCACCAAUCACAAAUAUAUGAGAAAGUGGGCCACCUCGUUUCCCUGUCUCCGCUACCAAAAGUAGUCUGCCCAACAAGAGAUGUGGGAAACAGUGAAGACAAGAAUGCCAUCAGUGCUGGCGAAAUUCUUGUUAUCAAGCGAGUGAUUCGCCCAAAGCUAAGAAGAAAGUCACUGGCAGUUCUGAGUCUCAAAACACAGACCAUCAAAACCCUGCCUCUGGAUUGCGAAGGCCAUUUCUCCCUCAGUCCCAAGAAGAACCAGAUGUACCUCCUGGAGCUGGUCAGAUGUGUCCCAGAUGUGUUCCCCUGCAAAGCCAAGAUGUUCCUCAGCAGUGAUGCAGCCAGCAACUCUCAGAGAACUUCUCACUCUCUGCUCCAUGCCGUCGUAACCCUCACUGGGCAGAAGACAGAGACUUCCCUGAUCGCCUCCCCUGUCACCUUCACUGCCUUUGAAGACCAAAAUGGAGAAACAGGGGCACAGGUGAACGAACACCUGGUUGACAUCCCAGUUGACGACAGGCUGAGUGACGUGGCAGUUUUGGUGGUUGACACCACAGAGUGCGGACUGCAGGAGAUGCUCAACUUUAGAACCAGAACGUUGUUUGAGACAUUUGAUGUCACAAGGGUCAAGAGCUGGUAUGACCCAAUGAGCGAUGACAUGACACAGAGUUUACUCUAUGCCACUAUUGGAAGAGGGUCAGAGGGGAUGGGAAUCCGGGUGGACAAACCAAUGGGUGCCUUUACAAGAUAUGCUCCGUUCGUCGCUGGGGAUUCGGCAGAAAAGUACGAGGCUUUGUAUGAGACAGUAUACAGCCCAUCCAUGGAACGUAGACAAAGUCCUACUUAUCAUCUGGGCCACAGCAAUGAGGUUGCUGCACAGUACGAACAACCUAGCACUAGUCACAGAGUUUUUCUCAGUACCUCCCUCAAUGAAACAGCCUCUUUGCCUCCUGCUGCCAAGAUAAACGACUCCAUAACAAAUCCUACAUUACACCCCCUUCAUUCAGACCCCAAGCCGAUAAGUGUUCGGAGAAGCCUACAACACAGCAAGUCCCACUACACACUGCCACCUAGUGACCUCUUUAUGACAGACUGCUACGAAGACAUGCAAGCUACUGUUACCUCUCCCCCAACAAGACCUGCCCCUAUCACUUCCCGAGAAGGCACUGACUCCAAACUGGAGCAGCUAAUGGCAACGACUGCCUCUCUUCAGACACAGCUGAGUCAACUAACUCUCCACGUGUCUGCCAUGCAGGAGCAACUGAAAGAAGUGGUACAGAUGAAUGUAGUGAUGAAAAGGCUUCUUGAAGGCGUCUCUGCUCUCACACUGCCUACCAGUCAGCUCCGUGGGGCUCAGGGUGUCUAUCGAGGGAGGAACAGUGCAGUUCUGGCUCCAACCUCUGCAAGAGAGGCACAAAUACUGCAGAACAGACACUACCUUGACUCCCUUGACACCGCCCAGGUUGAAAGUGUCCUAAGAUCCAUGGGUCUGUCUCAGUACAUCACAAGAUUCCGUGAGGAGCAGGUGACAGGCUCAGUUCUCCUCCAUUGCAACGAAGCCAUCCUGGAGAGGGAGUUGGGUGUGGAGAGGCAGCUGCAUCGCAAGAGGCUCCUGGCAGUAAUUGGCGGCCAUCAAUCUGCCAGGGACAUCCUCUCACGCAACAUCACACACACUCUCUGAUGUCAUUAUGUCAACACACUUGUUUUCAUAUGUACUCUUAGAAAAAUGCAUAGGUAUAUUGUUGUGAGAAGAGUUUCAAAAAAGACAUUCACACACAUAACUACAGUAUUCAUAACUGUACAGUGAUGGUGCCGGAAACCUUCUAGCUUCUGUUUACAACUCAUAUGGGUUUUCUCCCUCGAGAAUAUUCUUGGCUGAGUGUUGCCCUUCAAUUAUCUUCAUGAGACGGACCCUGUGAACUUUGGACUUCAUCCCCAGAUCAUUCUGCAGGUCCUGAUCUUCGAGUUCUAUGAGAAUGUCCCCUCCAAUUCCCUCGCUGGCAAACUUGUUCUGGUAUUGUGUGAGAUUCAUUGCCUGCAGUAGCUGCUGCACCUGAACAUAUGGAACAGUACACAGUAAUACACAAUACAACGAAUGUAGUAUGAAUAGUGAACUCAGUAUCACACCAUCAGAGGAAAGGAAGAGGAAAAGAAAACUGUAGCUAUAGGCACCCACACAGUAUUAAUAAACACCAGUGACCUGCACUGUGGACAUGCUCUGCAGGAAGUCCCUGUUUGCCAUUUUAGUUUCAGGAGGAACAUGAGUUGAAGUGUUGCCGGGCACGGAGGAUGGAGGGACCAUCUGGACGUAUGAGGUUGCCUGUGUCUGAGGUGGUAGUUGCAGCUGGGUGGCUGAGGUGGGCACCGAUGAGGAAUAGUGACUACUCUGUGAGCCUGCAUUUUCAGGGAGGUAGAACGUCUUGUGCUGCAUUUCAGGUGGGGGCAGGUGUUGAGAUGGGAGUAGUGAGAUGGGGGAGGGGGAGAAGUGAGAGGGGGCGGCAGGUGCCAGUUGCUGAGCAGCAGGGGAGAGAGAGAGCAAGUUCAGCGCCUUGUCCAGGUCUUCAUAGUAAUGUUCAGCAGAUGAGUCUGAAUCGCUUUCAUCCUCUUCCACAAUCGCCACCUCCACUUUGGCAGACCUCUUCCCAGUUUUGGUGCCCCUGUUUUCGGGAGUAGCAUAGGCUGCUGCUGAGUCUUGACCCCCUUUUCUGUGGUCCAUUCUCUCAUAGAUGGCCUCUGAGGUCUCGUAGGUCACUCCCAGGUCACAGUUCUCUGACCUAACCUGCAUGUACAACACUGACUGUGUGUCGUUGAUGCGAUCGGAGCCUUUGUCAAGGAGAAUCAUGUAUGGCUCUUUGUUGGCCUUCUGCAGCAACUCUUUGGUGUUCAUGUAGAGAACUUCAGUCUCUGCUUUGCUAGGCGCUUGCAGGAUCUCCGCUUCGAUAUUUCCCAGGUGGCUGUCCAGAGGAAUUUCCAUGGUCAGAGCUGACUUGAUCGGCCUGUUGUUGAAGUCGACGUGACGGAUUUUGGGGUCGAGGGGAGGACUCAAUUUGUUGGAGACUGAGGUUGCAGCGAGAGACACUUCACUCAUCACCUUCAGGACACUGAUCGGCUUCAGGAGCAGGCUCUUUGGAAUGCUGCGGAACACGGCGUCAUCCUUCUUGUCGGAACAGAGGAACAUCAUCGCUUUGCACGGGAAGAGAGUCUUGAACUUUGCAGCAAACUCGUAGACGUGAAGCUUUACGGCCUCGGGAUUGAUGGUAAACUUGCCUUCGCACUCUUCUGGGAGCAGUUUCUUGGUCUCCGUCUUCAAGCUGUAGCACUUGAGGGCUUUCUUGCCACGAAGACGACUCUUGAAGAUCCCCUUCACGAGAAGUAGCUCAUUCCUCUCAACCCCCACCUUGCUCUCCUUGUCAGAGGGCUUAGCCCAGCUUGCAGUGGCACACACAACGCUGGGCAGAGGGUCUAACGCGAGGAGCUCCUGGACUGUGUUGUAGUGCAAUGCUGGUUUCUCUGCAGACUUGGGCAACAUGUGACCGUAGAUGAUGCCAAAUUGGAUGGCCGAGUUGAGGGGAAUGCUGUAGUCAGUUCCCACCGAGUCUCUCACAGAAAGCACCUGUGUACGCUUCGCAAAGUGGAUGUCAAAGAUAUCAGAAGAGGAGAGAGUGAAGCGAGAGGUCAGGCCAUAGUAGCCAUCCAGGAGGUAGAUUCUGAGAGGGAAUCGGGAGGAAUGGGCCCUGGCAAGCUCGGUGAGGGUAACACUCUCCCCAGAUGGCAGCCAGUUCAAGUCCACGGGCGUUGGGGCUGGCAUGCUCGAUUCACUCUGCGACCGGAGUGCCAGUUUGGGGGGAACAGUGACAACUGCUGAGUCAGCAGAUGGCUGUUUCUCGUAGCAAGAUCUGAUCCGCUGGGGGAUGACAGGGUCUUCGAUGUUCCUACCCCCCUGUGGGGUAGGGUGUGUGGCUUCAUCCGACACUUUCUUGAUUAUAGUCUCUGAAGAGAGUUUCUUUGCUAGUGCCUUCACGUCUACUUUCCCACCCUCAGCGACAGGGAGAGAGGGAGGUGCUUUGUGUAGGCUGACUGGUGUGUAGUUGGAAGGUUUCUUUGGUACUGGAGGUGGUGGCUUGUUGGACGAGGGGUCAGAGGAAAGUCGUUUCGGUUC